AUGACAUGGUUGUGGUUGGGGACGUUUGCCGGAGUGAGGGGAAGGUGUUACCACUUCCGGAUCCAGCGCUCCACCAUCGGCGCGUACUUCGUGUCCGAUAAGCUUUCGUUCGGUACGCUGGGGGAGCUCAUCUCCCUACUACAGAAAAACCCUCGCAGCCUGGCAGUGCUGCUGGAGGAGCCCUGCGCCCAGCAGCGGGAACUGUUCGACAUGGAGCCGUGGGAGAGACCUCGGGAGGAGUUCAGACUCCACAAGAAACUGGGAGAGGGGCACUUUGGAGAGGUGUGGGAGGCUCUGUGGACCACGGAGAACAGGAAAGUGGCCAUAAAGACGCUGAAACAAGAGGACACGAAGCAGGACGAGUUUGUGAAGGAGGUCCAGGCGUUGAAGAGCCUCCAUCACCCGAAGCUGAUCCAGCUGCUGGCCAUGUGCUCCAGAGGAGAGCCGGUCUACAUCGUGACCGAGCUCAUGAGCAAAGGAAGCCUCAAGUCAUACCUCGCCUCUGCUGAAGGCCAGGUGCUGACAUCAGCUCAUCUGAUCUACAUGGGCAGUCAGAUUGCAGAGGGCAUGGCCUACCUGGAGGAUAGAAACAUCGUCCACAGAGACCUGGCUGCCAGGAACAUCCUGGUGGGAGACGAUCUGGUGUGCAAGGUGGCCGACUUCGGACUGGCUCGAAUUAUUAAGGACAGUGUGUAUACAGCCAGUCGAAGCACAAAGAUCCCGGUGCGGUGGACAGCUCCCGAAGCGGCAAUUUACCAGAGGUUCUCCGUAAAAUCAGAUGUCUGGUCCUUUGGGGUCCUGCUCUAUGAGAUGAUGUCACGCGGCAAGAUGCCUUAUGAAGGAAAAAGCAACAAGGAAGUGCUUGAUCUGCUGUCAUCUGGGUUUCGGCUGCCCUGUCCAACCCGCUGCCCUCAGAAUAUUUACCGCAUCAUGAUGGACUGCUGGGCCGCUGAGCCCUCCAAGAGACCCUCCUUCCACGCCCUGCACAGCCAGCUAGAUACAAUAUAUGCCAGGAUAUAUUUCAAGACUAUAGAGGUAUAGAAAGAGGGAGAGGACGAUGAAGACAGAGUUAUAAACAGGAGCAGAUGUUCUGCAACUGGUCGUCGGCAGCAGCAUGGACUGCAGCUAUGAAGAAGUAAGGAAAGGGGGAUGAGAAAUAGCAAGGAAUGUUCUUCUCCCCCAUGCAAUCCACUUCCACAACAGGGUAUAUGUACUUUAAAAACACCAAGGUGUGAAAGGAACAGUGGCAGCAGAGCAUCAGAAGCAGACACACAUUCAGAAGAUGCUUGCCAAAGCAAAGAAAGGAUGGAAAAAUUAAAACUUCAUUUCUUAGGCCACUGAAAGUAGCCUAAGAAAGGUGUGUAAAUACACUCCUACUUAACAAAACCAAACACUAAAACACUCAGCACAUUCACAGAACCAACUGUUUUUAAUUUUGUACCCUUUUGUGUUUUAUAAAUACUUUUUUAUUACUUCUGUAUGUGCCAUGUCUGUGUAUGCACACUUUGAAAGGUUAUGAAAAUCACAGGUAAGGACUUAAAUUAAUCACCUGUCUUUUGACUGCGAAGCCAGUGAUAAAAAUUGAGGUUAUGUGCAAUAAUUGAAAUAAAUAAUAAAUAAUGCUUGCUGGGUUUUUAGCCACACUAGCAGCCUGGUGCUGGAGAUACUUUGGUCUAGUAAAAUAUCUUUGACAUGGAUUGAAUUAAUCACCUGAUAUUUGAUACAGACCUUCAUGUUCCCAAAAGGAUGAAUCUAACAACUUUAGUGAUCCCAUGACUUUUGAUCUAGCGCUACCAUUAAGUCAGAAUUUUUGUUGUUUUUGGAAGCAGAGUAUCUUAUUAUAAACUAAUGACGAAAUUCCUAUCCGCUUUCAUUUGAGGUUAAAGGACAGAAUAGAUCAAAGGUAUUUCUGAAUGAUUACGACCAAUAAAGCUUUAAUUGUACAUAUGCAAGUAAGAUAGAACUGAAAAUCCUAAUCAGUCCUUCACAGGAAUAGUUCAACGUUUUGGGAUAUAAUUCUUUGCUCUCUUGCUGAGUGUGACAGUAGGUGAAAAGAUUUUUAAGUUAGCUAUGGAGCUAAAGCCAGGAGCUUGAUUAGCCUAGCUUAGCAUAAAGACUGGAAACGGAGGUAAACAGUUAGCCUGGCUCUGUGCACAAUUAAAACAUACCUACAACACUAGUAAAGCUCACCAAUUAGUAUGUUAUAAAUACACCAUUGGAGUGUCACAACACUGCUUCAGCAUGUUGGCUUGCCAAUUAACAUACUACUAAACUUUACCAGUUUACUAACCUAUUGAAAUAAAAAUUAAAAAAAACCCAAUCAUUAGCACGUUAGCACAUAUAGCAUGUCAGGGUUGAGCUCAAAGCACAGGUACAGGCUAACGGUGAAGCUUACAUUGAUGAAGUUGAACCACGUCGAGCUGAGGCUAGUAACUCUAGAUGUCCUAGCCCACUGUUCAGAGAAUAACCAAUUUGAUUUAUAUCGACACCCUCAGGACAAAAUUGACAUUUUAUACCCCAUUAGAUAAAGGGAUCUAGUCAAAGUUUGCUCCAUCUAUUUAAUCCAUCCACCACUUUCUGUUUCUAACCUCAUGGGUUCCUAGCGUGGCUAUACACCGUUAGUCUUCUUAUUAACCACAAGCGUGAAGUAUUUUAUUCAGCCUACCUUCUCUUACUGGAAAUUGAGACUGUUUUGACAAAAUGUUACAUAUUUAAUACACUUGGAUACAAGUUUCUCUAGAAUAGUUUGGGAAUUGUUUUUCAAUCUUCCUGUGAGAUGUUUUUGGGGGGCUGACACAGUGCUUCAAAAGCCAGUGGGCCAUGGAGCCAUGUGUACAGGCCUUAAGUUAUUAAACGUCUCUCUGAGGCACACAAUAAUGGCCAGUUGCAACUAGAGUGCCUAUGUUUACACUAUGUCCAUGCACUACACUUCAACAUAUGGACUUGUAAAGAACUAUAAAGAACUGUAAAGAACCUACGGCAAAAAGACCUGCACAGUGAAUCGGCCAUAUCCAGAAGACUCUCUUGGGGGUGGCGGGGAGUGGGAUUUCUGCACCACAAAAUUGUACAACAAUUUUGCAAUGCAAUUUGAGAACAAUGCAACUUUUGUCUUUUAUGCAUGAUAUUUACAGCAGGCGAAGCCAAGUUCAGGAAACUUUAGCCAUAAUCACUGAAUGACAACAUUGAAGUUUUAUGUUCUAGGCUGUGUCAUCAGGUACCAAACACAAGUAGUGCAAAGAAUAAAGUAUUUUAAGUA